CCCUCAACUUCUUCCUCAAUGGGAAACCAAGUCAGGUUCAGAGGUCAAUUAGCGCCAAAAAAGACGAAAUAUAAAAAGGCUCAAAAAGGUUUACCAGGUGGAGGUUCACUAAAAGGUACAACAUUAGAACAUGGUUCUUUCGGUAUUCGUAUCCUAGCUUCGACACGUAUAACCGCCGCUCAAUUAGGUGCAGCUCAAGCAGCUUUGAAAAGAAAGAUCAAACCUGUCAAAGGUGCCGAAGUGUAUUUAAGAGUUUUCCCCGAUACUCCAGUUUGUGUCAAGGGUAACGAAACGAGGAUGGGGAAGGGAAAGGGUACUUUUGAAUAUUGGGCUUGUAGGGUUCCUGUCGGAAGAGUUAUCUUUGAAAUUGGAGGUGGGGGUAUAAGGGAGGAAAUAGCGAGGCAAGCUCUUAAACUCGCUCAAGUCAAAUUACCAGUUCAAAGCGAAUUUAUAAACCUCUCUUCUCCUCCUCGAUUAGGAAACAUAGCUUCAGCAUCUCUCUUACCACCGACAUACGCUCAAGCCGUCCCUGCUUUGUUGGCUGAAAUGGACGCUAAAGACAGAGGAGGAGCGAGGGAUGUGGUGAUGACUCGUGAG